GGGGGGGGGGCCUCCCGCCCUGAGCCCUGGAACAUAUAUAUGAUAUAUAUAUUUGUGUCAAGAACAAACACGUACCUUAAUCAGUUCGCUGGUCCUCUUGUUGAACACCGUCUAGUCCAGUCAUCAUAUAUUUGUGUCAACCAUAAACAGAAUCAUCCACUUUGAUAAGAAAAAAUGCAACCGCGUACGCGCGAAGACAGGCACUUCUGGAGGCACAAGGAGAAUGUGGAGCGGGAGAGAUUGAGGAAUCGGACGGGUGGAUUUUUUCGAUACGAGGAUAACGCAGAUCCGAUUGCACAGGAGAAGUCAUGCCCGGCUUACAUCGCAGAAAAAGACCGUCAUGACGUCCGGGACAUGGCGGACAAAUUUCUGGCCGAGCGGCAGCUGCAGGAGGAUAAGAAGAAUCUUGUAACUGAAAUUCAUAGGGAAGCGCACCUGAAGCGGGAAUCUGAUCGAUGGGAGGCGAUCGAUUACAAGGAGCGUGCCGAAGCAGAGAGGCAGCGGCGGCUUAUCGAUGACCCCCUCAUAGGCAAGAAAAACGUCUCCGGAGUUCCCUUCGAUAUCGUGAAUCUCGAGUACAACUUAACCUUCAUCUUAAGUACAACAAGACUUUUCAAAUUCAAAUUCAAUUACUCCCAAACGGGUGUUUACUUACAACUUACUUUUUCACGCUCAUUUGUUUUUGAAGUGUGACUGUGAUCGGCAUCAGCCUGAUAGAUGUGAUAUUAUUUUUUACCUAGAAGUUCCUUCUAUUUCUAUAAUUAUUGAUGGUAAAAACCAUCGCAGGUACGAAAACACAUGGGAAGGGCGAAAGUUGAGGCACGAUGACGAAAUGACAAGGUAUCGGGGUGAUUUGCGAAAAGCAAAUUUGGCGUAUCGUGGGCACCUCGGUUUCAAUCCGAUACUUAUGACAGGGAUUUCUUUGUCCUCAAAGAGUAGGGUUGUGGCGUUUAUUUUUUCAUAUGACAACGGCAUAGAGGGCAUGCGUGAAAUGCCUUGAUAGUCGAUUAGAUUGAGGCUCGAUGUUAUCCAUUUGGCCAAUUUUUUCCUGCGGUUUCCUGUUCAUAUAUCUCGGUGAGCAGACACACGGCAUUUCCCAACCGAUAAAGCCAGACGCCUUCACCGAGCAGAAGCCAGCUGGUUUCGUCGCAAAGACCUCACAGUUAGGGUAGUGGACAGCGUCGAUGUUGCCUUGAGGUGUUGCGGAGAUGAAGAUUUAUUUACUUAUGCUGAGCUGUAAUGUGAAUGUGAUCAUGAUUUUGACAAAGAUAACGUUCCACUGCUAGUAAAAUUCUACCUCUAUAAAUAUGUCUAUCAUGCAAAAAUCCAACGAUUAAGAGUGGUAUCUUCCACUUCCACCUUUGGUAAAACAAGAAAGAUUCUCUGUUUUGAUCUAAAAAUAACGAUAAGUUGACUCUCUUCAGAGAAUAUUAUGCUAGUGUCCAGGGCGCUACGAGAGCAAACCGCCUUUGAUUUGCAAGUACAAGAUCGCUUGAUCUCUUGAAAGAGAGCGAGAGAGGACGUAAUUUUAUAGAACGAGGACG